UCUGACUUCCUUGUCUUCCGAGUUUCGAGCUCCACUGCUUCCGCCCGGAGUUGCCCUAGGCUCCGGCUCCCAGCAGCUACUUCCGCCAGGAGUUCCUAGCAGCUGGGUGUUGGAAACUGGUCCUAAAGCGGCCUCCUCUUUCUCCCUUCAGCCUGUCCAGCCGAGGCCGGGUCCCCAGGUGGUGGCGGCUGCUGCUGGGCCUGUCGCGGAGCGUUCUCUCCGCCCGAGACCCGGGCCUGAAAGGACCGGGAGUGCGAGAGAGACGCCCGGGCCUGGCCCAGCCCCAGCCCUUGUUUUCCCGCGGCCAGUGACUGUGACCGCAGGCCUCGCCGCGCCCACCCCAUCCUGGGGCGGGGCGCGGCCUCUCCGCCCCGUCCCCGCCCCUCCGGCCUGCCCAGAGCCGGGUCAUUCUCCACCCCAGCCCUGCGGCGGUGUGACCGCCUCGGCCCUCCGGGACUCGGCAGUCCCGUGGCUGUGGCCGCGGGAGACUAUGGAGUUUGCGGAGCUGAUUAAGACCCCACGGGUGGACAAUGUGGUGCUGCACCGGCCUUUCUAUCCCGCCGUCGAAGGGACCUUGUGUCUGACUGGUCACCACCUGAUCCUGUCCUCCCGGCAGGACAACACGGAGGAGCUGUGGCUACUCCAUUCAAACAUCGACGCCAUCGACAAGCGAUUUGUGGGACCACUGGGUACCAUCAUCAUAAAAUGUAAAGAUUUUCGAAUAAUUCAGUUGGAUAUUCCUGGAAUGGAAGAAUGUUUGAAUAUAGCCAGUUCCAUUGAGGCAUUGUCUACCCUGGACUCUAUCACUCUGAUGUACCCUUUCUUUUACCGGCCCAUGUUUGAAGUGGUAGAAGACGGCUGGCAUUCUUUCCUUCCUGAGCAAGAGUUUGAACUCUACUCUUCAGCUACCAGUGAAUGGCGGUUAAGCUAUGUCAAUAAGGAAUUUGCUGUCUGCCCUUCUUACCCGCCAAUUGUCAUAGUUCCCAAAUCCAUUGAUGAUGAAGCUCUUCGAAAGGUAGCUGCAUUUCGACAUGGAGGACGCUUCCCGGUACUCAGCUAUUAUCACAAAAAAAAUGGAAUGGUGAUCAUGCGAAGUGGUCAGCCACUCACAGGCACAAAUGGGAGAAGGUGCAAAGAAGAUGAAAAGCUCAUCAAUGCUACCCUCAGGGCAGGCAAACGAGGCUACAUCAUUGACACCCGAUCUUUAAAUGUUGCUCAGCAAGCUAGAGCCAAAGGCGGAGGCUUUGAACAAGAGGCUCAUUAUCCCCAGUGGAGGCGGCUUCACAAGUCCAUUGAGAGGUAUCACAUUCUUCAGGAGAGCUUAAUCAAACUCGUGGAAGCUUGUAAUGACCAAACACAUAACAUGGACCGGUGGCUCGGUAGAUUGGAGGCUUCGAACUGGCUGACACACAUCAAAGAGAUUCUUACAACUGCUUGUCUAGCAGCUCAGUGUAUUGACAGGGAAGGGGCAUCCAUAUUGAUUCAUGGAACAGAGGGAACUGAUUCCACACUUCAGGUUACCUCCCUGGCCCAGAUCAUCUUGGAACCGAGAAGCAGGACCAUCCGUGGUUUUGAGGCCCUGAUAGAAAGAGAGUGGCUGCAGGCUGGCCACCCGUUCCAACAGCGCUGCGCACAGUCAGCCUAUUAUAAUAGUAAGCAGAAGUGGGAGUCGCCUGUAUUUCUUCUCUUCUUGGACUGUGUGUGGCAGAUACUUCGUCAGUUUCCUUGUUCUUUUGAAUUUAAUGAGAAUUUCCUCAUCAUGCUCUUUGAGCACGCAUAUGCCUCACAGUUUGGAACAUUUCUGGGCAACAAUGAAAGUGAAAGAUGUAAGUUGAAGCUGCAGCAGAAAACGAUGUCUCUGUGGUCCUGGGUCAACCGGCCUGGUGAACUGAGUAAGUUCACCAAUCCUCUCUUUGAAGCCAACAACCUUGUCAUCUGGCCUUCAGUUGCCCCACAGAGUCUUCAGCUAUGGGAAGGUAUUUUCCUGCGUUGGAACAGAUCCUCCAAGUAUUUGGAUGAAGCUUAUGAAGAAAUGGUUAACAUCAUUGAAUAUAACAAGGAAUUACAAGCAAAAGUAAAUGUACUUAGGAGGCAGUUGGCAGAACUGGAAACUGAGGAUGGGAUGCAGGAGAGUCCCUGAAAAAUCUCCCCACAACCUACGUAAAUAAGGACUUUCUUGGACCUGAAUCUCACCUCUCUCUCCUUAGGCCCUUCAGUUCACUUUUACACAGUAGCCUUGAACCUAAGGCUUUAGAUGUGAGAACCCUCUAAUGUAGUGGAUUUCUCAAUACUUUAUGAAUGAAACUUACUGUAAUUACUCAUGUUUCAUGUGGCCUGUUUGGCCUCUUUACUUUGGGAGCAGAAAGGAGGUGCUAGGCAUUUUAUUUUAUGUGAAACAGGUGAUCUAUUUAAUGCCAUUUGUGUUAUAUGCCAUUUAAUCCUAAAAUUUUUUCUGUGUCUACUUUCCAAACAGUGCUCCAGACCAGUCAAGGAUAUGAUUAAUCUCUUUAGGGAAUAUUUGUUAGUUUUAAAAAAGAUCAGACUUUUAAACACUCCAAAUACAGAAAUAUUUUUCAAAACUGAAACGGUUGAUAAACUAAAAAUUUUGUGAUUAACAUGCUAUUUCCAGUACCUUUGCCCUUCUCUUUAAAAUAGCUUUGAUUAACAAAGCUGAAUUCAUUCUCAUUCUGGUUUGUCAAGAAAGGAAAAUCUGAAUAUUUAUUCAAGGUAAAUAUUUUUACAAGGGUUAUAGGUAUAAUCCUCUGAUAUUUACAUUAAGAAGUAAAUUUUAACAGUAGACAGUAAAAGUAUGUGCAAUAUAGAAGUAAAAUAGGAAUUUGUUACUGAUACAGUGUCAUUACUGUUGAAUUGGUUUUUUAGGUUUUUGACCACACAUAUUAAAUGUGUAUCAAAUGCUGGAUAUCCCAUUAAACCAUCAUUUAGGAUAGAUGUUAGUUUGUUAUAAUUAAGCUACAAAUACGGUUUCCUUAAACCAGAAAUGCACUGCCCUUGUCUGAAGUUCUUACUGCACUAUUUCGUGUAUGUAUGUGUGUUAAGUUUUAUUGUGGUUUAUUUUAAGUAUUCUAAAAGUUUACUAAUGCUAAACUUAAACCUUUCACAUUGGCUUGAGCCUUUUGAAAAUUUAUCUUGACUUUGCUGAUUUAUUCAUUAUAUGCUAGGCAAGUCUAAUUGAAGUGGAGGUGAAAGUUUAUGAACAUGACACAGCGAUGUUUUAAACUGUAGAAACAGACUGAAAUGUUUCAAUGUUAUGACUGUAUUUAUGCUAUGCUAGUUUAUGCCUGCUACUCUAAAAGUUUGUGGUUCAGUGCUUUCUAUAUACAUUUCUGUUUUGUGGCACUGUUCACUUUAAUAAAUAUUAUCAAUUCUAGUUUUCUAUUAAAAGGUUAGUUGAAGAGUAAAUGUUUAAUACCAUUUCCACCCCAUCUGUAUAUAACAUUUCAGUGUAGAGCGCACCAAAACUGAACCCUGCUUUAGAGCUAUGUAUUGAGCUAAAAAUACAAUUUUGAAAAUAUCUAGUCUAGCAUUAUCUAUGGCCACAUUCAGACGCCUUAGAAAAUAGCAAAUACUUUCUCCAGUUGCCCAAACUUCAUCUUUUUUCUGUUUUCUUGGACUGGUAGCAAAAAGGUUGGACAACAGCACAUAUCAGAACUAUCCUUUGGUAUAUUUGCCUGCCUUUUCCUUUAAGCUCAGAUUUAUUCUCGACUUAUUUUCUUGGCUAUAGUUAUGAGCCUUCAGGCUUUAAAGCCCUUACAAAAAGGGUACAGCAAGGAGCAAAGGAGAUCUUGCUAUAGAUAUCUCCGUGUUGUGUGAAAUGUUUAUAUUAAUAUUUGAAAAGAGGAAAUACUCUAGCUUUUUUAUCAUCCCUUAAAAUCGCUUGCUACAUUUGUUCAUGUAGCUGAUCUUUUUGUUUGCUCCUAUUUUGGUCUCAAGAGUAGAUAUGAAGGAGCCCUUUUCUUCUCAGUUAACCCAUAAGGAAAAUGAUUUCGUUUUGUUUUGUUGUUGUUUUUAGUGAUUCUUUAGAAGUGGCUCCCACUGGUGACAUCGAUUGGCCACAGGGCUUCCGUGGGUGGGAGUUUUUAUUAGGCUUGGUCAUGGAGAAAUUGUAUGCCUUCAAUUUAUACCUGUCUUCCAGAUGAACGUUUUAUGUGUGAGCCAGAGUCCAAUAAUAGCAUAGUGUUUCUUUUUCUUCUUUUAUUGAGACAGCAAAGCUAUUUGGACAAGUUUGCAUUUUAGUAUUAAUUUAUAAUUAGGGAUUGUUCAAACCUCAGUUCUGUUUAUAGGUCAUAAAAACAAACUUGGAUAUUAGUGCAUUUUCAAAGGGGACAUCUAAUAAUGCAAAUAUUAGGGUUUUCCCAAACUCAAGAACUGUAUCAAAGGUGCAUUAUCAAUAUAAUUUAAAGAGGGAUUUUUAGUAAUACUAUGAAGUUACCCAUUCCUUGGAUGAGAAGAAUACAUACAAUGGAUAUACUCAUGAGAAGAUACUUGUUAAACAUUAAGUUUGGAGAAUUAUCUUUGAUAAAUGUGGCCUUAAAAACUGGAAUGAAGAGAGUGGUGGCAGAAUUAGCAAAUGAAUUACACCAUAGGAGCCAAUAAUAAGUGAGAUAUAAUCAAGUUAAAUAUAUUAAGCAUCUUAUGUAUUCAUUUAUAGUAAAGGCUCGUUUACAUUUUGGGGAUGCAAAAGUAGGUCCUACAGAGAAUAUUCUAAAAAUACAAAAGAUUGCUACAGUCUUCUAUCAGCAGUACAAGGAUCCUUAGACUUUAAAUUAACAAUUUUUUUUUAGAAACCACACGAACAUAGUUAGGUGAUUAUAUUAAGAUUUUGAAACUUUUUGGGUGGUAAGAGUUUUCAGUAAUUGAUUGGUCAAAAUUUUUCUUUCUGGUUUUAUUAAAUGGAAAGAGAACAAGCAGAAACUAUAAAAUCUAGUAGGAUUAAAACAACCUAUAAAUAUAUUUUAUUUCUAAGAAAAAUUAGGUCUUUGAAGCAAGAUUUUAAAGUGACUUUUGGGAAAACUUUGGAAGACAACAGUCAUUUCAGAUCCCAUGUGGGUAAUUUAAAAGCUUUUCUUUGAACUCUGAGGCCUGAUUUAUAGAGGUCAUAUGUCAUUGCUUUUCAUUUUAAAGGAUGAAAUUUAGUGAUAUUUUAGUCUUUGAUUCACUCAGUAUUUUUAUUAAAUUAAAAAAUCAGUAUCAUGGAAAAGAUCUGAUCAAUAGUUUCUCUCUUGAAGUAAAAAAUAGAAGGAACAUUUUGCUGUAUUCAAAAAAAAAAUUGCUGAGUGCCUGGGUGGUUCAGGUCAUGAUCCCAGGGUCCUGGGAUCGAGCCCAUGUUGGGCUCCCUGCCCAGUGGGGAGCCUGCUUCUCCCUUUCCCUGCUGCUCAUGCUAUCUCUCUGUCUCUCUCCCAUAAAUAAAUAAAUAAAUAAAUAAAUAAAUAAAUAAAUAAAAUUUUUUAAAAUCUGCCUAGAGAUGUAACUCUUAUAGUUAAUCUGGUUUCGGAAUUAACUGUUUUAAUUGUCAGUUUUAACCAGGUCAUCAGGUUCACUUAUUAUCAGACCCCAACCUGAGGCAAAAUUUUGGUAUUCAUCCAUAUCCAGAUUUAAUGAGUGAAAACUACAAGAGGGUGUCAUGAGCACCCUUUAUCAGAAAGUUAUUUCCUGGACCAAAAAAAGGGCAAAUUUUAGAAUAGUUGAUCCCCUGUUCUGGCAGCUUUGAAAUUUAUCAGAGCAUGAAAUCAUUCAGUACAUCUGAUACAGGUUCAUUAUACCUCAAGACAACAUAGAUUAGUUAUUUAUUAUUCUUUAAUGUGGGUUAGAUUGUCUCCCCUCCAGAGCUCAUAUCCUAAGUUAUUACCAGAUAGUAUUUUUAUGUAAUUCACCAUCUUAACAAAAAACAUUUAAAGGCUGAUUUCUCCAUUAAUACAUAUUCUCAGAUGAUAUGAAAUGCUAAUUUUCUUAUAGUAUCAGUUUUCUGAUUUUUUUUCUUGAGUAAACUAUUUCUACUAUUGCUCAGUCUUUCUAUCGUGUCCACAGUAUCUUCUUCCUUUAAACCAAUAGCUCAGAUGAGACGCUAUGUAACUGUAGGAUGAGGUUUUAGAAAGCUUGAACUUCUUACCUAAAUUCCCCUUAAGAAAGUCCUAUUUUUGAACUCCAUUGUGGAACUGUAGUUUGUGCUUAAUUUAGUGAAAGAUAGUGGGGCUUAUGUAGACACUACAUUGUCCUGAAAAAUAAUUCCCAAUGAGAGCUUCCUGAUGUUUAGAACCAUUCUGUUUUAACCAUCUGUGAGUAUACAGAUUAACUGUAUUGGAAAUUUGUAAUAAAAACAAGUUGUGCAACACUGCCUGUGUCUCUGCCCAAGACAUUUUCCAUUUGCUUCACUUUUAAAAUGCACAUAUCUUUGGAGACAUGAAUUAUUCCACACAAAUACAUCAAGUUGUGUUGCUUAGAAUCCUUAUAGAUCUAUUAUCAUCUGCACUAAAAAGGUACUUGCACAAUUUAGUUAUAUAAAAAAAGAAUAUGUAUUUCUUCAAUAGUUGGGUAUUUGGAUUGUAUUCUUGAUAUAUUUGAAUAUGACUCUUGGAUUUAAGUGCACUAUUAUUCAUGUCUUACACAAUAAAAUUGCACUGUAUGGCAAAUAUGUCUAUAACGUAUGCUUUGCUAAAACCUCAGAGUGCUGUAAUGGACAGGCUUCUAUUUUGUGAACCUGUCUAUAUAUAGUCUUAGGGAAAAAUUCUAAACUUUUUAAAUUCUCAGUAACAUUUUAAUAUUAUUUGUUAAGUUCCCUAUGUGAUCAAUUCACUUAUGUCCUAAAACUGGAAUCAUUCAUCGUGAGUGGGCUGCUUUGUCAAGCUUGGUUUACAUAAUCAUGAAACAGUCUUGUCGAACAUGGUACUGUUCUCUUAGUUUGUAAGAUUUGUGUGGUGUGCUCUCUGCCUCAGAGGACUGUUGCACAGAUGCUAGUGUUAAAUGUCUCCAGACAAUGGUAAUAAAAUUUGAAUAUAUUCAAAUGCUGGUAAA